GAGAGUGGAGAACAUCCCUUUAACCUCUUUUGUAAUCAAGCAGCAAAGAGAAUGAUUAUUUUAUGCAUUAUUUUCUAUGGCGUGUCAGUGUGUGAUGGGUCAGUGCAGACGUUUAUUAAAGCUAUCGGAGAAAGAGUCACUCUGCCCUGCCGCUACAGUGUGGAAACCUACGGCCCCUCGAGCGUGUGCUGGGGGAGAGCCGAAGUGCCCGUGUUUAAAUGCAAAACGACCAUCGUCUCCACGGAUGGAGGCGAAGUGAACUUCAGAGCAUUGGGCAGGUACCGUUUGGAGAGUGGCGUGGCGACGGGGGACGUCUCCCUGACAAUCAUCAACGUGACGGAGAAAGACUCCGGGAUCUACGGAUGCAGGGUGGAGAUCCCGGGACCGUUUAAUGACCUGAAAGAAAACUUUCACCUGAUUAUAACAAAAGCACCUGUAUCCAUCAAUGACUUACCUGUGCGCACCACCACUACUACUACCACCACUACUACACCUGUGCAUUCUCCCACUACAGAACAAGAGGAGCAGAUGAAUCCAACCGCAGCUACAGGGGGCUGGGAUUCCCCAGUGGUGGCUGUUGUCGCAGCUCAGGAGAUGAAUUUCAAAGGAAACGCUAUAAGAAUGGGAGCUGUAAUCUUCACACCUCUGCUAGUCCUCACAGUGAUUCUUGGUCUGAAAUGUUCAAGGCAGGGCAAAUGCAGAAGUGUGGGCUGGGAUCCCAGCACCUCCGCUGUCUAAAAGCAGGAACUG